AUGAGAUCUCCGAUGACAAAGCUCCUUGCUGCGAUUGCGAUCCCCAUCCUGGCGCUUUACGCUGUAGACAUCGUGCAGUUGCCACAGCACUUCGGAGGGGCUCGAAGACUCAACAGCUUCGAAGACAAGUCCAUUGCACACGGUUUGCAGGAGCUGAUUCCAGGGCCCUGCGUGAUUCAGGAGGCAGAAGCCACCACCAAGUGGAUGCUGUGGCUGUUGGUUGAUUCUCUCCGUGCACAUUGGCCGGUGUUGGUGGUGGUGGUGCCAGAUGGUGCCUUGGUGGCAGUUUUGUUGGUGCUCAUAAAAUACCGGAUGAGUGGUGAGAGCAAUCCCUACAUGCAACUUGAACAGUCUGAAAGUGGAAGCGAAGAAGGCGAUGAAGCUGGAGGUGAAGAACAGCCAGAGCGAACGGACGACACACCCAGCCUAUAUGCUCGAGCAGAAGUAGCAAUGAUGGCCUUCUUUUGGCUGUCUGACAUGUUCUCUGACCUGUAUGUGGCCUAUACCUACUACACCGACCGAAUGUACAUGUUCAGCUUUCUUUUAGCAGCAAUCUGGAUCGGAAGUGGGUGCUUGAGCUUUGUUCACAGAUACCUAAGCUGGGAACGUUGUGAUGCAAGGACCAACAGCGACUUGUUUUUUCGACGCUUGAAUUCCCGAGGUGAGCGACGGCCCGGCUUGACGAGCUUUGUUUUGUACGUGCUGCAAGUCCAACCUCUUUUGGAAGCCUUCAAGGCCCUCAAGCGUGGCAUGACGCAAGAACUGCGAGAAGAGAAGGUGCUGGCAGCCCUUUGCGAAGGGGCUCCUUCGAGUCUCCUUCAGAUCUAUGCCCUGUUGGUGAGCCGUCCGAACGGAAAUCCGUGGAUCCUGUGUGGGUCUAUAUGUCUCUCGAUUUUCACUGUGGCUGAUGGUGUCAACAAAGCCUACGAGCUUUGCAAACCUGAAGACAGGCAAAUGGAGCCGAGCAUUCUGCCCAGCAUCGCUCUAUUGUUCUUCCGUUGGUGCGACGUAUUCUCGCGCAUCGGGUUUUGGGCCCUGCUGGGCAUAUGCCUCCGGCCGACGCAAAGCGUCAGGGCCUGCAACAGCCAUACUUGCCUCUUAUCGUGGCAACGGAAUUUCUUAUAAUCGCUUUGCUCUUCAAGUCAAAUAAUUGUGGAUUGCAAUUGAAGUGGAAGGAACUCUUUAAGAAGCAGAACUUCCUUGGCAUUAUCACCUCUUUUCUGAGCACUUUCUGGUGUUGCUAUGACAGAGAUUUGAUACCUCAGCGACGUUUUGGCAGAUCUUUGCUCGCACUACGAACCUUCAGUGCGCUUUGCACGUUGUGGCUCUUUGCUCUGGUCUUUUCUGCGGAAUCUGGAGGUGAGUGUGUCUUGUCACACAAGCCCGCUGUGGAAAUUAUUUGUUUAGUGACAUUGUUGACCUUCACAAUAACCUUCCUUCUGACGAUCAUGAAUGACGUGAUGCUGUCAUGGUGUGCUCUUCCUCUAUUUCCCAUCAUCAGCGGCUGCAAUGGUGGUCGCUUGGAGUUGGCUGCCAGGCUUGGCUUGGAUUCACAAAUCCGUCGCUUCCUUGAUGACUCACACGAAGAAGCGCGUGUGGCGGCGCUCCGUCAGGCUGCAGAAGCGGGUCAUGUCUCUGUGGUCCAGUCGCUUGUGGACUUCGGGGUGUCUCCUGGUGCCUUCUGGCAGCGCGGCCUAACUGCAAUGCACUGCGCAGCCAGGGGAGGCCACGUGCCGGUCAUGGAGGCCUUGCAAGAACUUGGAAGCAACGAUCUUGAGACUGCAGGAGAAUAUAGAGUGACUCCUGCUCACCUUGCAGCCUCCAAUGGCCAUUUGGAAGUCUUGCGGUUUCUGGAGAGAUCAGGAUGCGACUUGGAGAAAGCAGACAAUGAUGGAAUGACUCCUGCAAUGUUUGCCGCCCAGAAUGGCCGUUUGGACGUCGUGCAGUUUCUUGAGAGUGCACGCUGCAACCUUCAGAAAGCAGACAGACGUGAAAGGACUCCGGCAUUCCUUGCUGCCAGGAAUGGCUAUUUGGAGAUCGUGAAGUUUCUGCAGAGUUCAGGCUACAACCUCCAGAAAGUCAACGAUCUCGGAAAUACUCCGGCACAUGCUGCGGCCGGGAAUGGCCAUUUGGAGGUCUUGCAGUUUCUGCAGAGCUCAGGCUGCGACCUUGAGAAAGCAAACCACGCUGGACGGACUCCUGCUCACCUUGCGGCCUCCAAUGGCCAGUUGGAUGCCUUACAGUUGCUGCAGAGCUCAAACUGUGACUUGGAAAAAGCAGACUACCUUGGAAGGACUCCUGUUCAGUGUGCAGCCUCCAAUGGCCAGUCGGAUGUCUUGCAGUUGCUGCAGAGCUCAAAGUGUGACUUGGAACAAGCAGACAGCUUUGGAAGGACUCCUGCUCACCUUGCGGCCCUGAAUGGCCAUCUUGAGGUCUUGCGUUUUCUUGAGAGGUCAGGAUGUGACAUGGAGAAAGCCAACAGCAGUGGAGAUACUCCUGCGCAACUGGCGGCCUUGCAUGGCCAUUUGGAGGUUUCUCAAUUUCUUCAGAGUUCCGGGACCACCGGCCUCCAGACUGCAAGCAGUCGGGAAUUGCGACUUCGCGUGGGCUGAUGGCUGAACGUUCGCAGAUUCGUUCAGGUCAUCCUGUGCAUAGCAAACUGAGAACCUAUGCAAAGCAUGGCAAAUCUGUUUGAGUUUGCAGAAUCUGGGAAAGAUUGCCAGUGCUGUGUGUUGAGUUGCAGCGUGUGCUAUGCUUUUGCCAGUGCAGUGUGAAAGGACACCUGCAGCCAAAGCUUGAGGUUCUGGCAUACAUCUGGCGCUGUGGGAGCUGGGCCAAGCUGGGCUGAAUGCCUGCAGUUCCGCUCCGCAGGCGACCGACCGCUUCAGCCGCUCCAACCAGACACAGCGCCGUCCACGACAUGAGGCAGUAUGAAGCAACCAACACUGUUCAGCGGUCCACAGGCUCGUGAAGAACGUGCCAUUGCGAUGGAGCUGCAAGUGUUG